UUAUAAUUUAAAUUAUAAUAUUUUAUAUUUUUCAGAUUGACGAGGAAUACCUUGGUCGAACAAUAGAAGAACCUUUCUACCGGGAAACAGUGACGGUGAAGGACCGAAAACAUAUUAUCCUGUCUACAGACGUACAGCUCAGCCUUCUCUCCAGAGCGAAGUCAUGGUACAUCGACGGUACAUUCAAAGUGGUGAAGACUCCCUUCACUCAACUUUUGUCUGUUCACGCUUUCAUCAAGUCCGGGGAAAACAUGAAGCAGGUCCCUUUAUGUUUUGUACUAAUGUCUGGGAAAAAACGGCGUGACUAUAAAAAGGUCUUCCGAGCGAUCAGCAAUCUAACACCUGGGCGAUGCGUUGAAACAUUCGUUGUUGAUUUUGAAGCAGGAAUGUGGCAGGGGCUAAGAGACGUGUUUGAGGAUCCCCACAUUAAAGGCUGUGCGUUUCAUUUCGGACAGGCCCUCUUCCGUAAAGUACAAGAACUUGGUCUACAGACAGCUUACAGUGAACAGAAUGAUGUUUAUCAACUUUUAAGGAAGACGUUUUCCCUCCCACUUCUGCCAGCAGACGACAUUAGACCAGCUUUCCAGUAUCUGAAGUCGAAGAGUUCAACCCCAGAAACAGACGCCUACAUCAACUACAUCGAGAAUACCUGGAUCAACAACGUCAUUUGGCCUGUGGAAUCGUGGUGUCAGUUUGGACGAUCUGUGAGAACCAAUAACGACUGUGAAGGCUGGCAUAACAAACUGAACAGACGAGCCAGGAAAGGGAACCUUCCAUUCUACGUUUUGAUAUCCCUUCUAUAUAAGGAAGCAGCAGAUGUGAAAAUUCAGACGAAGUUGGUGAAAGAGAAGAAACUUAAACGAUAUCAAACCAAGCAGACGAAGAAGAUUCAAGGACGACUGUGGGCCCUUUGGGAACAGUACAGAUUAAGAACAAUUACCACCAGCGCUUUGCUUGAUGCUUGUGCAGCCCUGUAUGGUCCCGCAUAAACAACGGUGUAUAAGAGUUCCCUCACAACUGGACACUACUUGU